AUGUAUACAUAUAAAUAUAUAAAUAAUAAAAUCUGUCUGGGACUUUUGCAGGUGGCGUGGCUUCGCGUCGACACGCAGACCAUCUUAACGAUUGCCAGUCACGUUAUCACCAAGAAUCACCGUAUUGUCGUAACGCACAGUGGUCACCGCACGUGGUCCCUCCACAUAAGAGAGACACGCGAGACCGACCGGGGGUGGUACAUGUGCCAGGUUAACACCGACCCGAUGUCCAGCAACACCGGGUUUUUAGAAGUUGUCGUACCUCCGGACAUACUGGACUACCCUACAAGCACGGACAUGGUCGUUCGGGAGGGAAGCAAUGUCACGUUAAGAUGCGCUGCUACAGGAACUCCUGAGCCGACUGUCACCUGGCGGAGGGAAGCCGGAGGGAUGAUCACACUUUCCAAUUGGCACGAAGUUCCUGUUCUAGAGGGUCCCGAGCUAACAUUGACGCGAGUCACUCGUCUGCACAUGGGUCCCUACCUCUGUAUUGCUUCUAACGGCGUACCACCAACUGUUAGUAAACGAAUAGUCCUCAUCGUUCAUUUCGCGCCGAUGAUUUGGAUCGAAAACCAGCUGAUAGGAGCUUACGAGGGGCAAACAUUAGUGCUGGAGUGCCACAGUGAGGCUUACCCCCGGCCCAUUGUCUACUGGACGCGGCCAAACAACGAAACAAUUGUUAACGAUAACAAUUACAAGUCGGAAGUUACCGCCGAAGGCUAUGAGACGACUAUGAGGCUGAUGAUUAAAAAUGUACGGCUCCAGGAUUUCGGAUCGUUUCGGUGCAUUGCCACUAAUUCACUCGGAGAAAACGACGGAUGGAUUAAAGUUUACAAAAUAGGAAAACCGUCGACGUCACGUAACACAAACUCACGUCGGGACUCAAAGAAAUGGAGCAUCGAUCACAAUAAAAAGAGCAGUAAAGACGAAUUAAUUCUAAAGGAAAUGAUGGAAGAGCUUGAAGAGGAGGGAAACGAAGAAAAUUCAAAAUCGUCAACAUCAGCUUGUGGUUAUCUUGAUGCGCUUACUCUCAUCGUCAUGCUUUUAAAUGUUUUCCCAAGAUUUACAACAACUACGUUGUCGUAG